AUGCUUCCCGUCAUCGAUCGGUUCCGAGCCGACCAUGAGCUGUUUCGAGGCAAUGACGUGGUUUCCUAUGCAGGCACCGAUGGAGUUACCCGGAAACCUGUUCGCAUAACCCGUUACAUGGCCUCUCCGGGUAGCAGCACGCAGAUACUUAAGCAAGUUCGGUCAGUUCGCUCUAGGUUCACAACUCACAUACAUGCAGUGCACCACGAGCCAAAAAGGCGGAUCUUCAGCGUCGUUGAACCGGCCCCUUGUUGCACCGCUCAGUUACUAAUUGAUCUCUUGUACGCUAACCCAUCCGACAGGGUAGUUCUUCACGAAGAGCUGAUCUGGGAGAUCGCCGCCGCAUCGAUUACUGCACUUGGCCAUCUGGCCGACCAAGGGCUAACUCAUAUGGGGAUUUCUCCUGGGGCGAUUCACUUGACCGAAAUGGGUCCUCGACUUGCUUGUCCACGACUCAGUCGCACCUUGCUCCCUGAGGAUGUCCAGAACAUGGACAUUCAAACGCUCCAAUUUACCGCCCCGGAGGUCAUCGCUGGACGGGGCUACAUUCCUCAAUCGGACCUUUGGUCUUUGGGGGCUACUCUCUACGCUUGCUGCACCGGCAAGCCUCCUGCUAUACUUCAAACAAUCCGCUCUCAGGAAGCGUUAGAAACGGCAUACUUUGAUGUGUCGUAUGACGUUGCCAGCCAUGCCUCCAGCGAACUGGCUUCUCUGAUUAUUUCUCUGCUAGCACCGCUCGCGGGAGUCAGACCAAAACUCAGUCAGCUACGCAAGCACCCCCGAAUACAGACAGUUAUUGAGCGUCUCACCGCUCACGCCAGCUUCACGGAUCAAUACCUUGUUGCAUUUUCAAACCUCAGAAUGGCGAAGAUGCUUAGAAGCACACAUGGGCUGUGCUUCUACAACCCCGAUCAAUUUAGCAAUUACUUGUGCUUUACAGAAUUGAUGCGCAGCGCACUUUUUCCAUGCACGAUGCAGCUCCAGGAGCACACAGAAGAUACCACGAAGCUCUGCGAUUUGUCAUCUGCUGGCCUCUCCUUUGAUACUUCUCUUUUGGGGAAAAGAAAUGUCUUCGGCAAAACAGCCUUACUUCUGUCAGCAGAAACACAAAACCUCCCUCUUGUCUGUGUUCUUUUGCAAUACGAAAGCGCGCUGCUAGACUAUCGAGGCGCCAAUGUGCUGGCCACAGUGUUAUCAGAGAAUUGGGAGGCAGGGAUAGCACGUGUAUACACACACCUAGUUGAUACCUCCCCAGCCCACUUGGAGGCAGGUUAUACACGGAGGGGAGACUCUACUAUCUCAUCAUCAGAUAUUGAGGGGGACAACAGAUACACACCUCUUAUGCUUGCUGCGUUGCAUAAUGACAUAGAGGCCGUCUGGAGAUACAGUGACAAAUUCGAGGGAAUGAGGGACGCCAGCGCGCGGACUGCCCUCUUUCAUGCUGUGGAAAAUGGCUUUCUGGCAAUAGCACGGUUCUUAGCUACCCGAGAGGCGGGCCUUACCAGUGACUUCGGUAACACAGCCCUGCGUCUUUGUGCCGAGAGAAACAUGCCUGCAACAGCUGCCCUGUGUUAUAAAGAGGCGGGUAUUCUGUACUCAGUGGACCAGGAUCGCUUAACAGCCGUCGAUAUAGCACUCGCUAAUCAGAACUAUGUUGUUGCAUCUGUUCUUGUCAAGCACGACGUUUCACUGAACCAGCUAGACCUUUUUCAAGCCAUUGAACAACACGAUAUAUCGACUACCUUCAGAAGACUCCUCGGCUAUGUGAUCUCUGGCAACUCGCUUAAGCCCCUUGUAGACCUGUUGAAGGAAAAAGAUCUGACAGGUUUACUGGAGAUAGUCGCUGUGUAUACAGUGUAG